AGUUAAAAACGUAAACAAGAUGGCUGCUUUAAUAAAUGAGCAUUGUUGCAUCUAUUGGAAACAUCGCUAGUCUUCAUUUAAUACUUUUUUUCUGCAAUAAUUCAUCAAUCUAAAGCUAUGGAAAACACAAAGGACACUAAUGGUAUAGUUUGGGAGAGUUCAAUUAUGGUUAAACAGGAAUUGAGUGACGAAAUCAUAACAUUUAUGGACAUGAAAUCAGAUGAAACAUCAGCUAUUUCAAGUUCAGACGAGUACAAACAAAUAUAUCAACACUCUUUUUCAAAUACUGAAGAUAUAAAGCAGAAUGUAUCAACACAAUUUUCAACUGUUAAAGACAAAUACUUGGAGGAAACAAUGCCAUUUUUAGCUUUAGAAGAUACAAAUCUUGAUAAAACAAAGCCUUUGUUUAAUUUAGAAGAGAUGAAACAAGAUAACCCAACAUCAUUUUCAUCUUCUGAAGACAUGAAACCAAAUAUAUCAACAGCAUUUUCAAUGUUUGAAGAUAUAAAACCUGAGAUAUUAACAAUUUCAUCUUUAGAGAGUGAACAACAAAAUGGUUUCAAAGUACAGCAACAACUUUCUUCCCCACCAGAUUCAACUGAUUUUAAAGAAAAUUUAGCAGUUUUAAAAUCAGAUCUUCAUAAUGAAUUAAAAGAACUCAAGUUAUUGCAUACAAAAUUGAUUGAUAAUCUCCCAACAGAAUAUCAGAUCAAUGUUAUGAUCAGUGAGGGUGAACAGAUUAACAAAAUAAACCUAGAACAGGUAUACAAUAAAUCUAGUUUGUCUAAAACAUCUACUACAAAGUCUAGUUUAUCUACACAUAAAAAUGUUCAUUUACCAGAGAGACCAUAUGAAUGUGAUGUGUGCCAUAAAAAAUUUAGGCUUAAACAUAAUUUAUCAGCACAUAAAAAUGUUCAUUUACCAGAGAGACCAUAUGAAUGUGAUGUGUGCCAUAAAAAAUUUAGGCUUAAACAUAAUUUAUCAGCACAUAAAAAUAUUCAUUUACCAGAGAGACCAUAUGAAUGUGAUGUGUGUCACACAAAAUUUAAUUCUAAAGGUAAUUUAUCUUCACAUAAAAAUGUUCAUUUACCAGAGAGACUAUAUGAAUGUGAUGUGUGUCAUAAAAAAUUUAAUCAUAAAAGUACUUUAUCUACACAUAAAAAUAUUCAUUUACCACAGAGACCAUAUGAAUGUGAUGUGUGCCAUAAAAAAAUUAAUUCUAAAGGUCAUUUAUCUACACAUAAAAAUAUUCAUUUACCAGAGAGACCAUAUGAAUGUGAUGUGUGUCACAAAAAAUUUAAUUCUAAAAGUCAUUUAUCUACACAUAAAAAUGUUCAUUUACCAGAGAGACCAUAUGAAUGUGAUGUGUGUCACAAAAAAUUUAAUUCUAAAGGUCAUUUAUCUAUACAUAAAUAUAUUCACCAGAGACCAUAUGAAUGUGACAUUUGUCAUAAAAAGUUUGCUCGGAAGUCUAGAUUAUCUACACACAUACACAAAAUUUCACUCAGGACUUAAGCCACCUGAAUAUGUUGUUGGUCAUUAAAUUCUCUUUCACAAGGAUCUUUAAUUAUCUGUAUAUAAAAUUAUUGCUUUUGUACUAAUAUCACAUUGUGUAGGCUGAAAACCCACCAUUAAUGUUUGUCAUACAGGAUAUAAUACUCUUCAUUCAUAGUAUUAUUUGUCUUACAAAGUAUUACUAAUG